UAAUUACCACUACCAAAGGGUGGCUGUAGCACCGACCGUAGUCUGUGUUUUGUUUGUAUAUUGUAUACUAAAGUUAAAAACUAUUGGGUUUAUGACUCUUUAACCUCACAUCGUCACAUCUAUUUUUGAAAUGUUUAAAUUAUCUCGUAAAUUAAUACAUAAUGUCCGUUUCACUAUUGGAGGAACAUGAGAACCCUGUUGAUUUUUUAUAUGACCAUACAUAUUUUGAAGAAACAAGUCAAGAUGUGUGGGAAUAUUGUGUUAUUCCUUCGGCGCUUAGUAUAUUUCAUAUUUUGUAUAAAAUAAUACUGACCAAUUUAUUUUUUGGGAUUACAAUCACAGUAGUGAAACUACCACCAUCACUCUAUCAUAUUUUUGCUGGAGGAAUUGGAAUAUAUCUAAUAAAUAACUUAGAAUCUCUAGAAGGAAAAUGUUUAAUACUAAUAAUAUUUAUGAAAUCUUAUCUCCUUUUACGAGCGAGUAGUUAUAUCCAAACACAUUUUCAUUGUAACCAGUAUUAUAAUAAAACUAAAGUUAGAUAUUUAAGUACAUCGAAUAUCAUGAAGUACACAUUGAUAAUAGUACUCAUUGUAUGUGAAUAUUUCUUAUUGAAGACUGAAGCAUGGAUGGAAGCUAGAGGAGUGAUAAUGAUAUUUAGUAUGAAACUCAUCUCACUUGCUGAGGAUAUUGAUAAAGGUGCUGUGAAAGAUCCAUCGUUCUUAAAUUAUUUUGGUUAUAUGUUUUGUGGAGCAAAUGUUAUGUUUGGACCAUGGACAUCAUUUAAUGAAUAUAUAGCAUUAUAUAAGCAGACCACAAACAAGAAUAUCUGGUGGAUAUUAGGAAUAAUCCGAGCGUUGACAAUAUCAGUAUUUUUUCUGAUGAUCUCGAAUUGCUGGUCCACUUAUUUCAUACCAGAUGAGUCCAACAGAUGGUUAAUAAGUUACAGAGAAGCUAUGUCGUUUAGAACAAGCCACUACUUCAUAAGUUUUUUAUCAGAAGCUUCAAUGUUAGCUGCUGGUUUUAAGAGUUCCAAAAUUUGGCAUGAACCUAAGAAGUGGAGGUACGAAGUAGUUGAUCCAAUUAAAACAGAAUUUCCAACUGCUCUUGCCAUUGUUGUUACCAGAUGGAAUCGACCAAUGCAUGAGUUUUUAAAAAAAUAUGUUUACAGGUCUUGGCUGCCUCACGGUAAAUUCUUUGCAAUAUUGGCAACAUUUAUAGUAUCAUCUUUACUACAUGGAUUUGAGCUGAAAGUAUCUGUGGUGUUAAUAUCUAUAGGAAUAUUUUCCUAUCUUCAGUUUACUGUUAGGGUCAAUUUGCAAAAGCAUUCAAUUCUUGCAUUAACGUGUAUCCCUGUAAAGAACCAUGCCGUCACCGUUUUAAAAGAAACAGUAUCUUUUCGUGGAUGUGCCGAUUACUGUUUUCUUUUACCACUGUUGUGCAUUUAGUUUUCUUAGGGAUGCUAAUGGAUCCCAAUACCGAUGAGAUUGGAAUUUUUCAAAAAUGGAAUAAUUUAUAUUUUAUUAGUUUUUGGAUUAUGCUUGUAAAUAUCCUUCUUAUAAUGUAGUUGGUAAUUGUAAAUAAUAAAACUCAUGUAUUUUUAUACUAUUUUAAUAAAAGUU